UGAUUAUUACCGAGUUUCGAAUUUAGUUGUGUUUGACGCGAGUAGCGAAGAAGUUCUUCUAUUUACAAUUUUCGGUGGACAGAUACUGUGGAGCGAAAAUGGCUGAGGUAACAUUAAAUCCUGCCGUCUUUUCCAAAAUUAGUAAGGAUGUCAAAUUACCCGCAUACGAUCGCUCAAAAGUCCGUUCUGGCAUAUUCCACUUUGGGGUCGGAGGUUUCCACAGAGCUCAUCAAGCUCUGGUUAUGGAUAAUCUGUUCUCACAGGGACUGGCCGAAAAUUGGGGCAUUUGCGGAAUCGGUAUCCUUAACCAAGACAAAAUGAUGCGAGACGUAAUGCAGAAACAACAGUGUCUCUACACUCUUGUUGAGAAGGAAACAUCGGGGAAGUUGAAUUAUCGCAUCAUUGGCUCAAUGGUCGAGUAUCUGUUCGCUCCUGACGAUGUUAAUGUGGUUAUUGAGAGGCUAACUCAACCUGAGGCUCGUAUUGUUUCGUUGACCAUAACAGAGGGUGGAUAUAAUGUCAAUCCCGCGACCGGUGAAUUUGAUUUGGAUGUUGUUAAGGAUGACAUUAAGAACCUAGGGCAGCCAAAAUCGGUUUUCGGCAUUGUCGUUGAGGCUUUACGGCGGAGAAAGGAGCGUGGUUUGAAGGGUUUUACGAUCAUGUCGUGUGACAAUUUACAAGAAAACGGACACGUUGCACGUAAAUCCUUUCUUGCUUUCGCUACGGCAGUAGACGCAAGCCUUGCUAAAUGGAUGGACGAGAAUGUCACAUUCCCCAAUUCAAUGGUUGAUCGAAUUACUCCUGUAACUACUAGUGCAGAUCGUAAGACGAUUUCUGAAAAAUUAGGCGUCACUGAUCUAUGGCCGGUCGUUUGUGAACCGUUCCUGCAGUGGGUUCUUGAAGACAAAUUCGUAGCUGGUCGUCCACCUUUCGAAAAGGGUUCGGUUCAACUCGUGCCCGAUGUUGAGCCAUACGAACUCAUGAAAUUGAGACUACUUAAUGCUGGACAUCAAGCUAUCGCCUAUGUUGGUCUUCUCCUUGACUACGAAUUCGUUCACGACGCUAUGCAGGACUCCCUUAUAGUCAAAUAUCUCCAAGCUUACAUGGACCGUGAAGCGACACACACGUUGAAACCAUUGCCUGGCAUCGACGUAUCGGAUUAUAAAGCCCAAUUGGUGGAAAGAUUUCAGAACUCCUACGUGCGAGACACAUUAGCUCGCCUCGCUGUCGACGGUUCCGAUCGCAUAUUGAAGUUCGUACUACCGGUCAUUCAACACCGCCUGGCUAAGAAAGAGCCAAUUUGGAUGGGUGUAGCAAUUGUGGCUACAUUCGCUUUUUAUGCGAACGGCAAAACGGAUAGUGGAAAAUCAAUCGAAAUUGUUGAUCGAAAUAGCGACAAACUGAAAGCUUUAACUGAUAAGCUUCGUGUCGACGAAAAGGGAAUCAAGAGCCAGCAUACGCUGUUCGGCGAUUCGGUUGACAAUGCUGCGUUUGUGGAUACGUUUAACGAAAUAUACAAAAAGUUGCAAACGGUAGGAACUAGUAAGACCAUUGAAUGGUUGAUUCAAAAGAAUUGAUUGGACGAAUAGAUGAGGAAAAAAUAAAUGAUUUUUGGGAAAUUUAACUCACCGCGUAAUAA